CCACGGGGAAGCAGGAAUCAAUGAUCUUAUUGAUAGGUCUCUCAUAUCAAUUUCAUAUUCCAACACAUCGGUAGAUGAGCAGUUAGAAGCACGGAUAGAGAUGCAUGAUUUGGUGCAAGAAAUGGGUUGUGCAAUUGCUCGAAAACAAGGCAACAGGUUGUUCAUUUUAAAGGAUGUCCAUCAAGUAUUGACAAAUAACCAGCGCGAUGGACAUGUUCAAGCCAUAUCCAUUAACUGUCUUUAUUGGUGUGAGAUGGAAUAUGCAAACUUCGAAAAGAUGCAUCAACAACUGAGAUGGCUAUGUGUCGAUAAUUGUGUCAAUAAUCGUGGGUUCCUCUGGAGUGGUUUACCUGCAUUAAUUGGUUCUCCUGGUCUUCCCAAUUCUCUUUAAUAUCUUCGCUGGUGCCAAUAUCCUUUGAAAUCUUUGCCAUCAAAAUUUUCUGCUCAAAAUCUUGUUGUCUUUGAAAUGCCGUACAGCCAAGUUGUGGGGCAACUUUGGAAUGAAGACCAGAGUCCUCCUGUGAACUUGAAAUGGAUCAAUCUUGAAGGCUGCAUGUAUCUAACUAAAGUCCCAGAUCUCUCUCGGAGUCUACAAAUUAAACAUAUAGAUCUGAAAAGGUGUGGACGUUUGGUUGAAAUUCCUUCAUAUUUUCAACAUCUUGGCAAGCUUACUUAUCUUGACCUUGGGCAGUGCACAAAUCUCAAAAAUCUUCCCGAGAUGCCAUGCAAUCUUGAAUUCUUAAAUUUGUCUUCUACAGCAAUAGAGGAAUUGCCUUCAUCAGUUUGGUCUCACGAAAAAAUAUCUCACUUAGAUAUUAGAUAUUGUGGACACUUUAAGAGUCUUCCAAGCAACACUUGUAAGCUGAAACUCUCUCUUGGUCUAGAUUACUGCAAUUCUCUUUGCGAGUUUUGGGAGCUUCCCAGGGAUACAACACAGCUACAGUUGAGUUAUUCAACAAUAAAAGAAUUGAGGAAUGCAUCAAUAGAGUCUGUCAUUGGUCUCACUGCAAUUGAACUGCAUCGUUGCGAAAGUCUUGUGAGUCUCCCAACGAAUAUUUGGAAGUUGAAAUCUCUGAAGAGCCUUAAUCUCGAGGAUUGUUCUAACUUUCAAAACUUCCCAGAAAUCUCGGAGGUUAUGGAAUAUCUAGAGUUUCUAAAUUUAUCAGGUACAGCGGUUAAAGAGAUACCCCCAUCAAUUAGAAAUCUAGUUGUGCUUCGAGAAUUAGAUCUCCACAACUGCAAGAACCUUGAGGUUGUCCCCGAUGAGUUAUUUUGCUUAACCUCAUUACAAGUGUUAGAUUUGAAGGGGACCGAAAUUAAGAGCUUACCUGCAAGUAUCAAACAAGCUGCUCAGCUGUCUCUCCUGUUCCUCAACAAUUGUAAGAGCCUUGAAUCUUUACCAGAGCUCCCCCCAUUGCUUCAAUGUCUUGAAGCAGAAGGUUGCACGUCACUGAAGACAGUGUCAAGUUCAAGCACUGCACUCGCACAAGGUUGGGAAAAAUAUAAAUUUUCUCGAGGGCUUAUUGAGAAACAUACAUUUUUUGAUUGCAUAAGGUUGGAUGAGAAUGCACGAAGCAACAUAAUGGGUGAUGCACAGCUCAGAAUUAUGCGGAUGGCAACUGAGUCAUCAAAGUUUAAAGAAGACAAAAUUGAAAAAGCAUCAUAUAAUUCAAAUAAGGAAUCUGUGGUUGGCAUUAGAUGUGGUGGGAAUGAAAUUCCAAAAUGGUUCAGCCAUCGAAGUGAGGGAUGUUCAAUAAAGAUUGAGCUUCCUCGUGAUUGGGUUAGCACAGAUUUCUUGGGUUUCGCUCUAUCUCUGGUUGUUUCAUGCCAAGAAGAUUAUUAUGAUAUAUGGUAUUUGAUUAGUGGAUGCAAGUACAACUUCAAAACUAGUAAUGGUGAAAGCCAUGCAGUCGACCAUCUUUUACGUCAUCCGCCCCCUGAAAAUCGCUUACCAAUCGGAGAUCCACAUGAGGUGUGGAUGUGGUGGCAUAGUAGUGUCUUUGAAGAAGUUGUACAGGGAGCUCAAAGCCCCACUGCAUUUUACAAACUUGUUACUGAGCUCAAUGUUGACUUCAUCGUAAGGGAUGACUGUUACGGACCCCAUCUGAUAGAAAAGUGUGGGAUAUGUCUGUUGUAUGGCAAAGAUGUUGAGAAGAUGAUAAAGCAGAGAGCUUUGUAGAUCAAGCCGAUAUCCUUAAAUUCAAAAUUUCAUUUUAUUUGAGCUGUUUGCAAAACUUGUGGCUGAGGAUGCUUUUGAGUUUGUUAGGCUUAGGGAUGUCUUUCUUGUUUUAACCCUUUGCCCUCUCCAUCGCAAAGCUUUUUGGCUGAGGAUGCUUUUGAGUUUAGUUUGUCACGCCCCAUGU